AUGGAGGUCCAAGCAUCUGCUGUAUCCGCAGCAGCAGCUAAUUUGCAUGCACUACGACAGCACGUAUUUAAAAUGUCGGAUUACUGGCAACAGCCCCAAAGAGGACCACCUCAACAUUCACCGGGUAUACAGCACAGUCCUGUACAGAAUACCCAAGCACAGAAUCCACAGGCCCAAAAUCAGCAGCAACAUAAUCAACAGGCUUCCAUGCACAGUCCACUUGGACAGGCCCAACAACAGCAGCAGCAGCAACAGCAGGGCCAGCAGAACAAUGGUACUGUCACACAAAAUCCAAGCUUAGGGCAAAAUCAGACGCAAUUGCAGCAGCAACAGCAACAUGCGAUAGCAAUGGGCCAACAGACACCACAGGGACAGCAUCAGCCCUCAUCAACACCUACAACACCAUCGCCUCAGGGCGAUCAUCAGGGAACGAUAGCCGCAAGUAUGGCGCAGAGUCUGCAUAAUCUGGCUCAAGCUCAACAAUCAAUGUCACAAACGUCUAGUCCGUCAUUGGCGGCGCAAGCUGUUCAAGCCGCCCAAGCCCUCAAUCCAAAUCUUGGACAAGCCUUAUCACAGGCACUCACCCAAAACAUGCAGCAAAAUCUUGGUCAGACAUUGCAGCACAAUCUAGCGCAGAGUCUAACACCGAGUUUAUCGCCACAACAGCAGCAACAGCUGCUCAAUCAACCCCAGAAUUUGAGUCAAGCCAGCCAAAGUCUUCAGCAGAAUUUACAGAAUCAAGCGCAAAAUCUAAGUCAAACGCUGCAACAACAAGCGCAAAAUCUCAGUCAAAAUCUGGGACAAACGUUGAAUCAACAGACGUUACAGCAGCAAGCGCAAAAUCUAAGUCAAAAUCUUCAACAGCAGGCGCAAAAUCUCACGCAAAAUCUUCAACAGCAAGCCCUCAACAUGGCUGGCUCAAUGGUACAAAAUGGUCUAGGUGGGAUGAAUGUUUCUGGCAAUCAACAGCAGAACUCCCCGAAUUCAAUGCUGAGCCCUGGAGCAGGAAGCCAGGACUCCCACGAUGCCACCCUCACCGAGAAACUUGUCAACGAGCUUCAGUCUCGUGCCUCUGCGGCUGGUCUCGGAGGUGCCGGCGGGGGCGGUGGAAUGGCCAACAUCAACGAACGCACCCUCGAGGAAUGCUGGUCCACCCUGCAGCGAUUCUUCUCGCAGAUAUUCAUGCACAAGAGCGCUAUGCAGAGUGCAAUGCACGCACGUGAUCUUGGGCCUGGUGGUCUUGGUGGUAGGCCUGGUGUACCUGGUCUCGGUGGUCUUGGUGUUGGCGUUGGACCUGGUGGUAUGAUAACUGGUAAUGAAGUGAAACCACAUCAGUGCCAACAGUGUUUAAAAUCAUUCUCGAGUAAUCAUCAGUUGGUGCAGCAUAUCAGGGUUCAUACCGGUGAAAAACCGUAUAAAUGCAGCUACUGCGAUAGAAGAUUCAAACAGCUCAGCCAUGUACAGCAGCACACGAGACUUCAUACGGGUGAAAGACCAUACAAGUGCCAUUUACCGGACUGCGGUCGUGCAUUCAUACAGCUAUCGAAUUUACAACAACACCUGAGAAAUCACGAUGCACAGGUUGAACGAGCUAAAAAUCGUCCAUUCCAUUGUAACAUAUGUGGAAAAGGUUUUGCCACUGAAUCGAGUUUGAGGACACAUACGUCGAAGGAGUUGCAACAGCGUGUUGUGUUCCAGCAACACGCCGGCCUCAUCGGCGGCCCAAAUGCUACCAGCUGUCCUGUCUGUCACAAGCUCUUCUUAGGAGGUGAGGCGCUUAUGGAACACAUGAAGAUCACCCACAAGGAUCCAAAUGCCUCUGGUGUUGCCAUUCCCCCUGCUGACUGCACCACCUCCGUUGCCGGGGUUUACCUAGCCAAGCGAAGGACGGCCAAUCAUCCUUGUCCAGUUUGUGGAAAGCACUACGUCAAUGAAGGAAGUCUUAGGAAACAUUUGGCGUGUCAUCCUGAAACUAGUCAGCUCAGCACGAAUCUCAGGAUGUGGCCGUGUUCUGUGUGCCAAGCAGUAUACACUCAUGAGAGCGGCCUGCUGAGUCACAUGGAGCAUAUGAGAAUGGAUCCUAAGCACCAGUUUGCUGCACAGUACGUACUCAGUCGAGCUGCAGCGGAGAGACGCGAGAGAGAACUCUUGGCUAGCUCUAGUUUAGGUGCUGGCCUUGGUGUAUUAUCCGGUCAAGGGGGACCCCAGAAUUUGCAACAGCCACCGAUGUGCCCAUCACCGUCAGCCCAUUCAGACAGCAGUAGUGGUAAUGGAAGAUUAUCGUCAGCCGGUAGUGAACCUGAUUUUUGCGCAGGCACCGGUCUACUGAACAACAACAAUACCAACAAUAAUAACAACAUGACGUCACCGGGACCAAGUGGCAAUAAAUUGAGUGAAAUGUUGAGAACAGGUAGUCAACCGAGCUCAGCGCAGCAGUACCACGAUGAGAUGCAGUCACAACAACAGCGUAUGGCCGUUAUGGCUGCUGCUGUUCAGGCAGUCGGUUUGCAAAAUUCAGUGUCGCCGAAUCUUUCGCCGGUUGACGUUGCGUCUCUAGCAGCAGCAAUGCGAAUGGGCAACAACGGUGACAUGACUGGCAAUGCUCAAGGUUCGACGGGACAACAGCAGCAGAAUGUGCAAUCUGGUGGUCAAGCUGAACAAGCCAUCAGAAUGCACCAGGCUGAGGCCCUGCUGAGGUCCCAAGCCGAAGCCGCCCUCAGACUUGCAGUAUCACAGGCAGCGGCAGCAGCAGCAGCAAGCUCAGCGGUGAACAGUGACAUGAGGCAUCAUCUUGGACAGCACAAUGGUGGUAGUACGUCCGGUAUGUCUGGCCAUCAUGGUAAUCAACAGCUGUCACAGCCAGACAGUUUAUCACCGGACUUAGGGGAGGCGCUUAGACUACAGGAGCAACGAUUAGAGCAGGCACUGAGGCUACACGGUGAUCCGCGUGCACUUGGUUUUACCCUCCAGCACGUUGUUAAUCAGCAGAACAAUCAGCAACCAUGA